AUGUAUUUUUGUUAUUUAGUAGAAGUUAAGAACACAAAGAACGCAACAGUUUGUAAUGCGUUGUGCUCUUAUCUCGCGAUCAGUGGCGACGGCCACGGAAAGCGGAGGCCGGCCUGCCUGGCCACAUUCCUUAGCGGCCAAAGAGGCAGCCGAAAAGACGCCCUGCACAGAAAUGCGAGGCUGCCUACGCUGUUGCUAGCCCGGAAAGCGCUGAAUGUUGCCAAUCGACCCCUGAUCUUACUCGGUACGACCAGCCCCAUCGCCUCAACACUGUCCAAAUUAGAUUUGGAAAUUGACCUGCUGUGCUUAGACAAGUGUGGAGUUGUAUCAACUUCAGCGGCCAUCACAGUGAUGGGUCCUUCAAACAAGUGUAACGUAUGGUAG